CAGCUUUCCUUUUUCUCUUUCUUUAAUUGGACAAAUAAUUUUAUAUCAUCCUUGUAUUGAAAAUAAACAAAAUAAUGGAGACAGAUCGUUAAUCAAUUGGGGGACUCUAACUGGCAUAUAUUAGUUUAAUGUGAUCUUACAAGGGCAGUCGGUUAUAAAUAUGGUCGUGAGGCAGGGGGUUUGGAGAAUGAGUAGCUUCUUUGUUAUUUACAGAAAAAUGGGUUAUAUGCUAUGGAGUGUGUGCUUGAGCUUUCUGCUUUUCUGCUCUGGAACAUGGUGUGCUCCUCCAAGGAGGCCUGUAGAUGUUCCCUUCGGACGAAACUAUGUUCCCACUUGGGCUUUUGAUCAUAUCAAGUAUUAUAAUGGAGGUUCUGAGAUACAACUAGUACUGGACAAUACCACAGGUACUGGCUUUCAAUCCAAAGGAUCUUACUUGUUUGGUCACUUCAGCAUGCAUAUAAAGAUGGUCGCCGGAGACUCAGCCGGAACUGUCACUGCUUUCUAUUUGUCUUCUCAAAACUCAGAGCAUGACGAGAUAGAUUUCGAGUUCUUGGGGAACAGAACAGGGCAGCCUUACAUUCUGCAGACAAACGUAUACACAGGGGGAAAAGGGGACAAGGAGCAGAGAAUUUAUCUAUGGUUCGACCCAACAAAAGCUUACCACACCUACUCAGUAUUAUGGAAUAUGUAUCAGAUUGUGUUCUUUGUGGAUGAUGUACCAAUAAGAAUGUUCAAGAACAACAAGCGUCUGGGAGUGAGGUUCCCAUUUAACCAACCCAUGAAGUUAUAUUCAAGCCUGUGGAAUGCAGAUGACUGGGCGACAAGAGGAGGUUUGGAGAAGACGGACUGGUCCAAGGCCCCCUUCGUAGCCUCCUACAUGGGCUUCCAUAUCGACGGCUGCCAAGUAUCACCCAACUCCGAAUUCUGCCAGACGCAGGGGAAGAGGUGGUGGGAUCGGAAAGCGUAUCGAAGCCUGGAUGCUAAUCAGUUGAGGAAACUCAAAUGGGUUCGCAGAGAAUGCACCAUCUACAAUUACUGCAAUGACCGUGCGCGCUUCCCUACUAUCCCUGCUGAAUGCAAGUCUGAUGGAGACAUCUAAUCCUUUCUUCAGCUUAUUUCAUACCUCAUCGAUUCUAUUAUGUAUUAUUUAUUUCAU